AUGUAUAAACAAAGUAGCUCUGUGAGGAAGCACUCAAAAAGUGGUAUGGAACGGCGAAGUUCGGAAACUUUGUCCGUUCAAAGUUUUGAAUCAAGUUCGAGCCAAUCAGUACUUCAAGUGAAAGAUGAGGAUACAAGUACUGGGGAUACUGUAAAAAGUCCAGAUAUGAUCUCACAAAGUGAAAUUUCUAAAAGUUUUGAGGAGGCAUGGAUCGAUCUAUACUCGUCUGCAGCAGACGAGCAAAUGGAUUCAUCAAAUGUAAAUUUAUCGGCCAAUCAGAGCGAAGAACAAGAAUACGAAAGACUGAUGCAGGCUCAAGGGGGCGGGGCUUCAGCUAGAGAUGACUCUACGUCAGGAAGUACAAAGAAGUACGGCAAAGGUAACUUUAUCAAAGUUGCGACGGGUUAUCAGUGCCGGAUAUGCUGCCGGGUUAUACGUCACAUGAAUAAUACGACGGCACAUAUGCGUAUCCAUGCCAACGUGAAGCCGUAUAAAUGUCAGGUGUGCAAUCAGCAGUUCAAGUACGAAGUUGAUCGUAGGUAUCAUUUCUCGAAGAAUCACGUAGAUCUCUUUUCAAAAAUGUAUUUUCCCGAUGAAAAGAAGUCCGGAUGA